AUAACGACUAAUAAUCGAAAAACAAAUAAUAACCUCUACUUUAUUCAUUUCAAAUCUUCCGAUUUUCUAAAUUCGUCGAACACCCCCGCACGUUUAAACUAGCUUCACUGUUUUUCACCCUCCUCUUCUCUUCUUAAUCCACAAUUCUCAUCAUUCACAACUUUCAUUUCUGGCCGUCCGAUCAAAUUCAGCUCCAACUGAUCACCAUGCUGUCCCGCCGGAUUUUUCGGACCAGGCCGUGGAGCUCCGCCGGCUGGCGUGGCUUGGUGCACGAUCGCACCGCCGCGAAAAGUUCGCCGCCGGUGACUGGGACAGCUAGGCAGAGCUGGUUGUUCUCGGCACGAGAUUUUAAGUCAAUGCCGUCGUGUUCAGUUCAUAAGUUUUAUGAGGCGAAAAAUCCCUAUGGCAUACAGGGAUGUUCCUUUUCAUCUCAACCGAUGGUGGAAGUCCGAGUUGAUGGGAUAGUCGAGAUACCUUUAGCACAAACUGGGGAAGGUAUUGCUGAAUGUGAACUACUAAAGUGGUUUGUGCAACCGGGGGAUAAAAUUGACGAAUUUCAACCACUUUGUGAAGUUCAAAGUGACAAAGCUACAAUAGAAAUAACAAGUCGCUACAAAGGUGAAGUUUCUGAAAUACUUCAUGUUCCUGGUGACAUCGUAAAGGUUGGAGAAACGCUGUUGAAGUUGUUUGUUAGUGAAUUAUCUGUACCAGCUGAGGUUGGUGACACCAUGGAACCUGAUAAUGAUACAUGUACGUCAGAUAUUCAAGAGACUGCAAAGGGAGGAGUUCUAUCUACACCUGCUGUUCGUAACAUUGCAAAGAUGUAUAAUAUUAAUUUACAAGAUGUGUCUGGAACGGGUAAGGAUGGCAGGGUUCUAAAAGAAGAUGUCCUCAAAUAUGCUGCCAGCAAAGGACUUAUUGGGGACAUUCCAUCUCCCAUCACUGGUGAUCCAGUAAAACAAAAAUCGGAAAGAGAAGAUAUACACCAAGAUGAUUACGAAGAUAAGACAUAUCCUCUGAGGGGAUUCCAUCGUGCAAUGGUGAAGACAAUGACGGCGGCUGCCAAAAUUCCUCAUUUUUAUUUUGUUGAAGAAAUAAAUUGUGAUGCACUAGUGGACCUUAAAGCAUUUUUCCAAAAGCAUUCCGAUCCAGAUGUUAAGCAUACUUCUCUCCCAAUCUUGAUUAAGUCACUAUCAAUGGCACUGAAAAAGUAUCCCUUGUUAAAUAGUCGCUUUAGCGAGGAAUCAAACGAGGUCACGCUCCGAGGCUCCCACAAUAUUGGGAUUGCUAUGGCUACACCUUCGGGUUUAGUUGUACCAAACAUCAAAAAGGUUCAAUCGCUUUCCAUAUUGGAGAUUACAAAGGAACUUUCACGGCUACGAGAUUUGGCUAUGGCCAACAAGCUUAGCCAGGAUGAUAUAUCUGGUGGAACAAUAACUUUAAGCAAUAUUGGAUCGAUUGGUGGAAAGUUUGGUUCGCCUCUUAUCAAUGCGCCUGAAGUUGCAAUCAUUGCAAUAGGUCAACUCCAAAAACUUCCCCGUUAUGAUGAUAAGGGAAAUGUUUAUCCAGCAGCAGUCACGACAGUGAACAUUGCCGCUGAUCAUAGAGUUUUGGAUGGAGCAACUGUUGCAUAUUUCUGCAAGGAGUGGAAGUCAUUUAUAGAAAAACCCGAGCUCUACAUGUUGCAUAUGAGAUGAACAUGUUCUAGGGAGUGGCUAGAGCCGGUUAGGGCAAUUGUUGUUGCUUAAGUUCCAAAUAGAAAAAUAAUUGUAUUACUUUACCUUGUCAAAAUGUAAUACAACUUCAUCUUCUAAACUAAGUAUCCAAGUAAUAUCAGAACUUUUACCAAAA